AUGGUGUCUCAGACAUCUGCUGAAACCCAUGAGGAAUCAUGGUCAAAUGACGAAAAUGAGUCAUUUGUUUUGAGUAUCAAGAACCCAGAUUCUGCGAAAAAGAAAACUAAAAAGAAGAAGAAAAAGAAGACGCUCCAGUGUGGGGAGGAAGAAGAAAACCCCUGGAGUCAGAUCAAAUGCAGCUUUGGGUUUCCUUCAGGUCUGGAAACUGAACUCGAUUGUGAAGACCCCCAAGAUCCAGGAUUCAGGUUUUCACGAAGACGUUCAGUAAUGCUGCAGCUCGGAGAGCCUGUCCCGGCUCAGCAGGUUCCUAGAGAAGAGCCCAGAGAGAAACAACCAUCUGGGAAGACUCCUGAAGAUAUUCAGUCUGCGGCUGCAGAUGACAAGUUUCAGGAGACCAACCAGGUCCUGGUUCAACUCCCUGAGCUUGAGCAGAAACCAGAGGGUCAGGCAGCCAAAGACUCAUCAGACCUGCUCCAUGCUGAGGUCCCGACAAAACCGGCCAAAGCAUGGGCAGAGGUGGUGAAAAUGGGGAUGGAGACGCGUGAGCAGCAGCCAGAGGGGCAGGCAGCCAAAGUCUCCUCAGACCUGCGUCUGCUCCAUGCUGAGGUCCCGACAAAACAGGCCACAGCACGGGCAGAAGUGGUGGAGGAGGGGACGGAGGACUGCCUCGCCAAGCUCAGAAAGGAGAACCUUGGACUGAAGGGUUCGCUUUCCCGGGCUAACAUGGCCCUGCAGAGCCAAAGGCAGAGGUCUGAGCGAAAUAAGACGAGGCUGGUGGGAAAAAUAGAUGCACUGAAAGCUGCAAACCACCAGGCAAACGUCGAACAUGAGGACCUGAGGAGACAGUGGGCAGAGGAAAAGUCCCGCCUUCUGGCUGGGUCCAUCGUUUCUCCAUCAAACCAGGACCAGGACGACCAGGUGCAGAACAUAAAUUUGGAAAAUGAGAGGUUGGGCAAAGAGAACUGUGCUCUAAAGAGUGAGCUUAAGCAGGCCCAUGAAGACCUGGAGAAGAUGAGGAGGGAAUUAGAGGAGGAGAGGUCCCGUCGGAUGGAGAACUCUGCAGAGAACUCCAAACUGAAGGUGGAACUCAGCCAGGCCAAAGAAGACCUGGUCCAAAAGGAAAGAUUGCACCUCCUGGCAGAGAUCAACAGGGCUGCUCCAAAUCAGGAACAUCUGAGGAAGAACAAGGUCUCCAAAGAAAUAACCACCCUUCAGGCGGCCCUCAGCCAGGCCAAAGAAGACCUGGCGAGGAAGGACGAGGAGAUCUCCAAGAUUAAGGACUCCAUGGUGCAGGCGAAAGCAGACCAGAAAAAGCAACGCCUGGUGUGGAAGGAGGAACGAUCUCGCCUCAUCACAAGCCACCAGGAAGCGGUCUGCAGGUUAGAGAGGGAACUCAAAGACUCCCAAAAUGAGCUCAAAAACAGCCAGAGCUCAUGGGAGAAACAACAUUUUGAGUUUCUUAUCUCUCAUAUGGACGAAAGGGCCAAAGCCAAAGCAGCACUAGACCAGGUCCGAGACAGCUUAGAGAUCCUCAGAAGCCAGUAUGAUGAGGAGCGAUCCCGUCUCCUGGCAGAACAUGAGGAGGACUCUGUAAGGAUGAAGGCUGCUCUGUGUAAGGCCAGAGAGGACCAGGCAAGAGUGGAACGCCAGUGGGACGAAGAAACGUCAAGACUCCUGGGAGAACAGCGAAAGAAAACAGCGCAGCUGGAGGAGGAACUGGCAAAAGCCACGGAGGAUCUGGUCAACCACAAAUCCAAGUGGGAGGAGGAAAGAUCAGGACUCCUCAGAGAAAGUGCCAGCCUGAAAGACUCCCUGCAGCAGAUGGAGACAGAGAAGCUGGACUGGCUGAGAGAAAAAGCCUCUCUUCUGGAGUCUGUGACCGUCCUCACGCAGACUCUGGAGGAGAGGGAAGAGGAGAGAGCCAGGACGUCAGAAAGUCUGCAGCAGAGGAUGAACCGACUGGAGCUCUUGCUGGAGGAGGAGAGGAAGAAAAAGGAGAAGAAGAGGGGAGGGUUUCUGAGCUGUUUUAGAAGACGUUCAGGAGCCUCAACCUCUGACUCCUGA